CUGGGGUUGAGAACAUACAUCAGUUGCUGGACAUUCAGGAUGAGCAAAGGGCCUGAUGAGAAUGGCCUUGAAGGUGGCGACAUUUGGGGUGAAAUUGAGCCGGAGAUCCUCGGGAUGACAAACGACGAGCUUAAGCAACGCAUUCGGCUGCUGGAUAACGAGAUCCGCAUCAUGCGCAGCGACAUCACGCGGAUCAACCACGAAAGCCAGACCCAACGCGAGCGCAUCAAGGAAAACAACGAAAAGGUCAAGCUGAACAAGCAAUUGCCGUACCUGGUGGGAAACGUAGUCGAGAUCCUUGAGAUGGAGAACGAAGACGACGAGCAAGACGGCGCGGCGGCGGAUGCGGACGUUGGCCGAAAAGGCAAGAGCGCCGUGAUCAAAACGUCGACCAGACAAACCAUCUUCCUCAGCAUUCCAGGGCUUGUGGACGCUGAGAAGUUGAUCCCGAACGACCUCGUGGGCACGAACAAGGACAGCUACCUCAUUCUGGAAAAGCUGCCGGCCGAGUACGACUCCCGCGUCAAGGCCAUGGAGGUGGACGAGAAACCCACGGAAGACUACAACGACAUUGGUGGGUUGGACAAGCAGAUCCAGGAGCUGGUCGAAGCCGUGGUGCUCCCUAUGACGCACAUGGAGCGCUUCCUCGCCAUCGGCAUCCAGCCGCCGAAAGGAGUGCUGCUCUACGGUCCUCCCGGCACCGGCAAGACCCUCUUGGCUCGCGCGUGUGCCAAGCAGACGGAUGCAAUCUUCCUCAAACUGGCGGCGCCGCAGUUGGUGCAGAUGUUCAUUGGGGACGGUGCCAAGCUUGUGCGCGACGCAUUCGAGUUGGCCAAGGAGAAGUGUAAGGACAAGAGCAAGGGCGGCGCCAUCAUCUUUAUCGACGAACUGGACGCCAUCGGAACCAAGCGCUUCGGAGGCGAGCAGUCGGGGGACCGCGAAGUGCAGCGCACGAUGCUGGAGCUGCUGAACCAACUGGACGGGUUCACGAGCAACACCAAGAUCAAAGUGAUUGCGGCCACCAACCGUCCCGACGUGCUCGACCCUGCACUGUUGCGGUCCGGUCGGCUGGAUCGCAAGAUUGAACUGCCUCAUCCGAACGAAGAGGCGCGGGCGCGGAUCCUUCAAAUUCACUCGCGUAAAAUGAACGUCGACAUGGCUGACGUCAACUUUGACGAGCUGGCGCGAUGCACGGACGACUUCAACGGCGCGCAGCUCAAGGCGGUGUGCGUGGAAGCGGGCAUGUUGGCGCUGCGCCGCGAAGCCAGUAUCAUCAAGCACGAAGACUUUAUGGAAGGCAUUGGGGUUGUGUCGGCCAAGAAGAAGGCGACGCUGCAGUACUAUGCUUAACAGUAGAGAAAAGCCCCACAACCAUCCGUGCUUCUACGUUGUUUGUUCGGAUCUUGGCGGCGAUUCGUCCGCCGCUUGCGUAGACAGCAUGCUAUCCAUCAUCGAGUGCAAAUCUCGCACUUUACCAGUCAAUACUUCCUGGACUCGCUUGAUCCUGUCCAGCUGCAGCACCGCCUCGGCCCCGAUACCCCCCGAG